AUGCCGACGCCGAGCGAAGCCACUCCACCAUUAAGCGCGAGCGCCCUUGUCGACGACCCGAUUGUGCAUACGACCUGCCCGCCAGAAAUAAUACGAGCAUCUGCAUUUUCGGUCGCGACCGAGGAGCGCUCUGUCAAUGAUGGCGAUGACGGUGCCCUUGAGGGACCGACCGUGUCGGCCACCAUCGAGUCCACACGGGUUGACGAUAGGUCAUUACAAAUCGCGACAACACCAGACUCUUCGUCCAUGAAGGGACGCGAAAGUGAAGAUGAUACCGAUAUGGAUUCUCCAAGUCCUGCCAAUUCGGCCUCGGACAGCAAGGACGAUUCAUCAAGCAGCCCGACUUCGCAGACGUCAUCAGUCACUUCAACCUCAUCCACAUGCUCAUCGCUCAGCCAUGAGUUUUCCAAUGUCAGGCUCGUCCCAAACCAUACCUGUUCGUUUCUUCGCGCUGGGAGCAGAUUCGAAGGCACACAAGAGUCCGACCAUCAAGUGUACAACGUACACGUUGAAAUCAAACACGUUGACAUGGCGGAAUCGUACCUUUGUGGAUAUUUGCGCAUCCAAGGCCUCACUGAAGAACACCCUACCCUAACCACCUUUUUCGAAGGAGAAAUCAUUGGCACAAAACACACAUUCGUGACCAAGAACGAGACCUGGGGCGCCAACGAAAAAACCGAUAUGCAACACUGGGCCCGGUUCGAGGCGUGGAGACCUCUCGCCAAACAGGCCAAGAGAGCUGAUUUCACAUACCGAAACUAUGCGCAGCGCGAACAUUUGUUCAUGCGUUGGAAGGAGUAUUUUCUCGUACCUGAUCAUCGGGUACGGCAGAUUUCUGGAGCGAGUUUUGAAGGAUUCUACUACAUCUGUUUCAACCAGAUAGAAGGAACUGUCAGCGGAAUUUACUUUCACGCCAAAAGCGAAAAAUACCAAAAACUCGAAUUGAACCACAUCCCAGAUCGUGGAUGUACCCCGGCGAUCGAAUUCCGUUGA